UCCUCCGCCCCCCUCCCCCCUCCCCAGGGCCCCACCUCCCCCGAAAAGAUUAAAAUUAUAAGCACUAGAUCCAUCCAAUCCCUAAAAUAAAAAAUUGAAAAAAACCCUAAAUCAAAUGGAAAUGGCACAACAAAAUCAAGAAGAAGAAGAAGAAUUGGUGGCGAUAGUAGAAUCUGUACCUGAAUCCCUAGAUCAAUCCUCUUCUUCUUCUGGUCCUUCGCUUUCUCGUAACGUGUCCUUCAGUAAACUCAACGCACAAGCUCCAGCCUUUGUCCCCACGCGCCCCCAAUCCCAGCCUCAGCCUCCACCACGAAUGACCGUGAUCCCUCCUCCUCCGCCUCCUCCCGCCUCUAUGAUGCAUAUGUAUCCACCACCUUCCCCGUUUCAUGUUCCGAUUCAUAGCCCUGUACAUUUGCCUCACGUCAUCCCCGUCCAAAACCACCACCACCACCACAACAGCCAUAACCAGCUUCACAACCACCAGCAGCAUCAUAAUCAGCACCAACAGUAUGUUCCUGUUCGGAAUCAUAACCAGCAUCAUCAACAGCAUAAUUCUAAAAAGGUGCAGCAGUACUCUGACGAAGAGGUCGAGGUUAUUGGAAAUAAGGAUGCAGCUGCUUCUUCGGAUCAUGCCUCAAAGAGUGACAGUAAAAGUGAUGAAGCUAUGAAUAAACUCUUAAAUCAGGUGGAGUACUAUUUCAGUGAUUUGAACCUGGCCACUACUGAUCAUCUUAUGAGGUUUAUUACCAAAGAUCCUGAAGGAUAUGUGCCAAUAUCUGUUGUUGCUUCAUUUAAGAAGGUUAAAGCUGCCAUAAACAGUAAUUCUCAGCUUGCUAACAUUCUGAGGAACUCAACAAAGCUUGUAGUUAGUGAUGAUGGAAAGAAAGUAAGGCGCCAGCAUCCCCUAACUGAUUCAGAUGUUGAGGAGUUGCAAUCUCGUAUAGUUGUUGCUGAAAAUUUACCUGAGGAUCAUUGCCACCAAAACCUCAUGAAGAUAUUUUCUGCUGUUGGGAGUGUGAAGACAAUUCGUACCUGUCCACCUCAAACUUCUGGUGGUGGUGCUUCUUCAGCAUCUAGAUCUGCAAAAGCUGAUGGGAUGCAUUUCAGUAACAAGUUGCAUGCAUUUGUGGAAUAUGAGACCAUUGAGAUUGCUGAGAAAGCAGUUGCUGAGCUAAACGAUGAGGGAAACUGGAGGAGUGGUCUUAGGGUUCGGUUAAUGCUCAAGCGUGGGUCAAAAUCCACUCAGGCACGAGGCAAGAAGGGGCAUGAUGGUCAAGGGCAUUCAGAGGAAGAUGAGAUUUCUGCAACUGAGCAAAUGCCGAACGACAAACAGACAGAAGAUCUGCCCCAGCAGCAUGAUGCCCAUUCACUUGAGCAUUCUGGAGAGGAUCAUGCCAAUGACAAGGAAGGUGCGCAGAGAAAAGGGCGUAACCGGGGGAGGGGCAAGGGACGUGGGCGAGGACAAUACCAUCAUAACAGCCAUCACAAUAACCGUGGAAAUCAUCUGGGAACUUCCCCUUCAAAUAAUCCGGUUAUUGGUGAGCAUCCAGCAAUGGCCAAGCAACCUCCAGGGCCACGGAUGCCAGAUGGCACAAGAGGAUUUGCAAUGGGUCGAGGGAAGCCGGCUGCUGUUAAUAUCUCAUGACUUGGUAUUUCUACAGAGUUCAGUUUUGGUUCUAAUAGAUGUGUUUGUAAGUUUAUUUUGGGGGUGGGGGGAAGUGGGUGGUCUUCUAUGUAUGGUGUAGAUGGCAGGGGUUUUAGAAAGGCUUGUCCAUCUGUAGUAGUAGCUUGUUCAGGAUCAAGGGUUAAUUUUGCUACAAGGGUCUGGUAUUUCUUUCAUGUUGGUGUCUUGCAUGUGGGCAUGGAUGCUCGAAAAACAGUUUUUCUUGUUUUCCUUUCGUUAAAUUUUAGCUUUGCAUGAUGUCGAAGUGAAAAGGAACAAAACCCUUGUUGGGGGGAGUAACUAAUUCUUAUAGAUAAAUGCGAAACUCGAAAUAUCAAACAAAACUGUGCUAUCA